CCGUCUCUCUCUCUCUUCUCUCGCUGCCCAUGUCACUGCCGGGAUCUCGUGGGAGAGCGCUUCUUCUCGCGUCUGUAAUUGCUCGACAUCAGCGUCGCACCGCGCCUCUAAUCUGCCUCGCGGUGUCGCGUCCACGCUCCAUCGCCUGGCCACGUGGAGCGCGGCGUGUCGACCGCAGCGAGGAGAGAGCCGACGCCGCCACUGCCACCGCCACGCGCCACCCCCACCGCGUGUCUCGGUGCAUCACCCCCAACCCCUCCACAGGGAGCGGCUCUUCACAUCGCACGGCUUCGGUGAGCACCGAUUUGCUCCUCUCCAUUGAAAGAAAUCACGAGUCCCUUGAGGGUAUUGCGCCGCCUCGUCUGCUCCCUCUCUGCUGUCUCCCUCUCUCUCGUGGACCCUCCCUGGGCCCGUGUCCCACGUCUGCUCCGCUCGGGAGGCCGAGUCCCUGGGUCGCAGGAGUCCUCGCCACGGAGUAGCGACUCGCGGCGCCUGCGCCCCCAGCAGCAGCGCCCACGGACUCGGCGACGCUGGCGCAGGGACGCGCUUGAUGACUCAAGUGGCGGCGUGAAAUGCAAAGAGAGAGAGAGCGAGAGAGGGAGGGAGAGGCGGAGCUGGUGGGAUCCAAAGCUGAAAACUCCAGCCCCGUGUCAGCUCGGGCAGACAGAGGCGGCGCUGGGACGGGACGUGAACAGGGGCGGGUGGCAGAUCAGCUCAGCAGCAGCAGCAGGAAGCGCCCCGCCACUCGUUGUGAGUGUUCGCUCGGAGGCUGCCGGAGUCUGCGGGCGAGGAAGCGAGAGCGAGGAGGCGUCAAGGCGACCCAGGCGGCACGGCCACGCAGCCUCACCCCCCUCCCCCCCCCCCGUGGCUCUCGCGCUUCGUGGUCCAGCGAAGUCGCGCGUCUCUCGCCGUGCAGGAGAACCUCGUGCUGAGUUGGCGAUCGGAACCGGCUGACGAUGAAGAGGCGCUUGCUGCUCCUGGCCGUUGUGUUGGCGCUCACUUCUGCGGGAGGAUCGAGUAGGUGCCGUAUCACGGAGCCGUUCCCGGCGUGCGGCUUCGUGCAGGACAAGGACGAUGACUUUGACUGGGAGCAGCUGAGUGGCGCGGAGGCGUCGCGACCUGGACUGCAGCCUCCUGCAGGUUCAUACCUCAUGCUCGUCGACUCAUCCGGCCGCGCCCCCGGAAGCCGUGCACGCCUGGCACUGCCGCCGCUCAUGGAGAACGACACGCACUGCAUCACAUUCAGCUUCCGCAUGGGCGGCGGUGACAGGAGAGGUGGGGACUCUGCUUCGUCGCCGUCAUCGAGUAAAGACGACGGGGACGGAGCAGCUGGCGAGGCCGGCGAGCCGCCCCAGCUGAGCGCGUACGUGCGCGUCAACAACGAAGGCUUGGGCCACCCCGUGUGGAGUGCCGCCCGGGCCACCGCCGCGGCCAACCGCUGGGUGCGCACGGAACUCGCCGUCAGCGUCUUCUGGCCAAACACCUACCAGGUCGUGUUUGAGGCGGAGAUCUCUGAACAGAAGGCGUCGUACGUGGCCAUCGGAGAGGUCCACAUUCACGAGUACUCGUGCAACGAGGUCCCGCACUUCCUGCCGCUCAUGAGCAUCGUGGAGGUGAACGCCGGACAGAACGCCAGCGUGCAGUGCUCCCUCGCAGGCAAGAUGGAGGAGCCCGAGCAGAUCUGGCUGCAGAGGCAGCACGGCGAGGAUGUGCCCGUGCCGGUGAGUGUGGCACGCUCGCGGCGCUUCACGGCGACGUUCGCGCUGCGCACGGCGAGCGGAGACCCCGACGACCGCAUCCGCUGCGUCGCCAAGACGCGCGGGGGGUCAAGCGUCUCCAACCUCGUGCCCUUCCGUGUCAAAGAGCCGCCUAGCCCCGUGGCGCCGCCUCUGCUGGUGCGCGUGGCGCCCACAACGCUGUGGAUCAACCUGAACGUGAACUCCAUCCGCGGCGAGGGCCCCGUGCUAGCCAAGGAGGUGGUGUGGCGUGCCACCAAGGGCAACUGGACCGAGGUGUACCCCGUGGCGGCACCCGUCUUCAAGCUGUGGCACCUGGACCCGGACACGGAGUACGAGAUCCGGCUGCUGCUCACGCGGCCCGGGGAGGGCGGCACGGGGGCGCCGGGGCCGCCGCUCGUCACGCGCACGCGCUGUGCAGAUCCGAAGCACGCGCCGCAGGGCGUGCGCGUCGUGGACCUGCGCUCGCGGGAGCUGACGCUGCAGUGGGAGCCCCUGGGCUACAACGUCACGCGCUGCCAGAGCUUCAACAUCACCGUGUGCUACCGCAGCUGGACGGGCGCCGCCCCGCCGCCGCCGCCGCCGCAACAACCGCCGCAACAACCGCCGGCGGCCAACGGCGCCUCCGCUUCCGGCGCCGCCGGCGCGGCCAACGAGAGCAGCUUGCCGGAGGUGUGCCGCGACGCCGGCAAGGCGGUGAGCGGCUUCGUGCUGUCGGGACUCCCGCCGCACCACAACCUGAGCCUGCAGGCCGUGCUGUACACGCCCGAGGGCCGCAAGGCAGGCGAGCGCAUCUACACGCAGACCGACGAGGACGUGCCGGGCCCUAUAUCUGCGGUGGCCAUCAGUGGCGUGGCCACGGAGGAGAGCAUCUCGCUGCAGUGGCGAGAGCCGGAGGAGCCGAACGGGGCCAUCACGCAGUACGAGGUGUCGUACAGCGCCUUACACUCGCGCGACCCAGACUACGUGCUGGAGAGUGGGAGCGAGGUCGUGCUCAAGCCGUGGAGCGAGACGCGCCACCUCUUUGGCGGCCUGCGCCCUGGCACCACCUACUCCUUCUCGCUGCGUGCCAGCACCACCAAGGGCUUCGGCCUCGAGACCACCGUGCUGUUUACCACCAAGAUCUCCGCCCCACGACUUCCGCAGUACGAGAGCGACCCGCUGCUGGAGUACUCUGACACCACGGCCACCGUGAUGCUCAAGCCUGCACAAGGCCGGGGCGCACCCAUCAGCGUGUACCAGCUGGUGGUGCGUGAAGAGCCCCCCAAGAAGUCUCGCCGAGCGCCCGAGCACCCGGACUGCUUCCUGGAGCCCGUGUCGUUCCGCCAGGCGCGGGCGCGCCGCACCCCCUACUACGUCUCGGCAGAGCUGCUGCCCGAGAACCUGGCGGGCGGGCGGCGCUUCAUCAUUGGCGACAACCACACCUACCGUGGCUACUGGAACGCGCCCCUCGCCUCCUCGAAGGUCUACGCCAUCUACUACCAGGCUCUGGCGCUGGGUGACGAGGAGUUGAAAAUAUCUUGUCUCAUGCUGGCAAAGAGAGGGGUGCACAAGCUGGAGGUGCCGAAUGCGGAGGACGUGCCCAACGCAGAGCUGCACAGCGACCACACGAUGCGUGUCGCGGGCGUUAUCGCCGGCAUCCUCGCCGUGCUCAUCCUCCUCAUGGGCGCCAUCCUCUACAUCAAGCGCCGGAGGAGCUCCCAUUCAUACUCCUAUUACUUGAAGCUGGCGAAGAAGCGCAAGGAGAACGUGGAGCGCAGCAAGCAGGAGAUGACGCAGAUGGUGGUGAACACGAUGGAGCGGAGCUUCCCCGAGCCGAGCCUCACGCUCAUGGACGAGCCGGUCUCCUUCCUGGACACGCACAACGUCACCAUGCAAUCGUUUUGCCCGUCUCCCACCAACGCGGUGCAGACGCACGGCACUCUGUGCCGCACCGCGCAACCGUACUUCAUUCAAGUUCACGAUGACUUGUUUGCAUCCAUUGAAGCCUUAGACGAGAACCAGGCCGGCUUCAAGGAUUCGGGGAUCCUCCUGUCGUCGCCGAGCCAGCCCCGCGGCACCGGCAGCGUUAGCGGCACGCUCUCCCGGAGCCCCGCCGCCCCCCUCCGCCCCCCGCUGAGCGAGAUCGAGCCAGGCGGCGGCGGAGGCGGAGGAGGAAUCGGCGUCGGCGGCGGCGUCGUCCCGUCGCUGCCCGACCGCACCCUCCCACGGGGGCCGCCUCUGCCGGGGCGCGAGCCCCCGCCCCCGUACCCGUCGCCCACGUACCCCGGCGGCGUGCCGGCACGCCCCGCGAUCCGCGUGGCCGACCUGCUGCAGCACAUCGGGCAGAUGAAGAGCACGGAGGGGUGCGGCUUCAAGGAGGAGUACGAGAGUUUCCUGGAUGGGCAGUCGGCGCCCUGGCAAGUGGCCAAGAAGGACGAGAACCGCGGCAGGAACCGCUACGGGAACAUCAUCGCCUACGACCACUCCAGGGUCGUGCUCGAGCCUCUGGAGGGGAAACCCGAGUCCGACUACAUUAACGGCAACUACGUCGACGGCUAUCAGAAGCAGCGGCAAUACAUCGCCACGCAAGGCCCCCUGCAGGAGACGGCGGUGGACUUUUGGAGGAUGGUGUGGCAGGAGAAGUCGUCCAGCAUCGUCAUGGUCACGAAUCUCGUGGAGGUCGGCAGGGUGAAGUGUUUCAAGUACUGGCCGGACGACACGCAGCUGCUCGGGGACAUCGCCGUGACGCUGCUGCACACGGAGCUGCUCGCGGAGUACGUCAUCCGCACGUUCUCCGUCAAGCGGAAGGGGUACUUCGACGCGCUCGAGGUGCGGCAGUUCCACUUCACGGGUUGGCCUGACCACGGCGUGCCGGCCUUCGCCACGGGCCUGCUGUCCUUUGUGCGACGCGUCAAGGCCUCCAACCCCCCCGAGGCCGGGCCCAUCAUCACACACUGCAGUGCGGGUGCGGGUCGCACAGGCUGCUACGUGGUGAUCGACGUCAUGCUGGAGAUGGCCGGGCGCGAGGGCGUCAUCGACGUCUACAACUGCGUCCGCGAGCUGCGGCUACAGCGCGUCAACAUGGUGCAGACCGAGGAGCAGUACGUCUUCAUCCACGACGUGCUGCUCGAGGCCUGCCUGUGCGGCGACACGGCCAUCCCCGCCGCCAGCUUCCGCUCGGCCUACCUGGAGCUGACUCGCCUCGACCCGCAGACGCACUCCACCCCGCUCAAGGAGGAGUUCAUGACGCUGAACACCGUGACGCCGGCGCUGCGAGCCGAGGACUGCAGCAUCGCCCUGCUGCCCCGGAACAGCAGCAAGAACCGCGUGAAGGAGGCGCUGCCCCCGGACCGCUGCCUGCCCUUCCUGCUCACGCUCGAGGGCGACAGCAGCAACUACAUCAACGCCGCGCUGCUCGACAGCUACCAUCGUCCGUCGGCCUUCAUCGUGACCCAGCAUCCUCUGCCCAACACCGUCAAGGACUUUUGGAGGCUGGUCUUCGACUACCACUGCACGUCGGUCAUCAUGCUCAACGAGAUGCGACCGUCUGAGACAUGUCCACAGUACUGGCCCGAGGAGGGCUCGCUACAGUAUGGAGCGGUACACGUGGAGACCCUGUCGUGCUGUCGUGAUGGAGACAUCAUCUCUCGCAUCUUCCGCAUCCACAACAUCUCCCGGCCCCAGGACGGCCACCGGGAAGUGCAGCACCUGCAGUACCUGGGCUGGCCGUCGCACCGCGACGCGCCCGCCUCGCCGCUCUCCUUCCUGCGCGUGGCGGGGCGCGUGCGGCGCUGGCACGCGGAGCUCGCCGAGGAAGAGGGCCGCACGCUCGUGCACUGUCUGAGCGGGGGCGGCCGCAGCGGCACGUACUGCGCCGUGAGCGUGCUCUGUGACAUGGUGAAGGGCCAGAGCGUCGUGGACGUGUUCACGGCCGUCAAGACGCUGCGCAACAACAAGCCCGACAUGGUGGAGACGCUGGAUCAGUACAGAUUCUGCUACUAUGCAGCGGCAGAGUUCCUGGGGCAGUUCCCGUCGUAAAGAUCCCCGCGUCACUCGACGUGGGCACGUGGCCCGCGGGACGGCGCCGCACGCACAGUGAACGCGGCGUUCCCACUCGCACAGCGGGCAAGACCAAACUGCGCCGCUACCGGCGUCCGCAUCGUGCGUACAGGACAACCAUGAAGGACGUCAGUGUUGCGCCGUACGGUCGCGUAUGUUGCCCAACGCUAAUACUGUGUGCGUGUGUGUUUGUGUGUAUGUCGUGUGUGUGUGCGUGUGUCUUCCACGCACCUUCGGGGGAGGGUCAUGGGCAGUCACGGGGUGCAGGGUCCACCGUGAUGAUAGGAGGCCUUGUUCUGCCGAUGGCCUGAGCCGAAGCCGAUCACUGCUCUGGCCGACAAUGAUCCGGGAAUCAGCUGAGUGCUAGGUCAAGGCUGGGGACAUUUAAACGUCGAGGUGACGCAAGUCAACAUCGUUGGAAACGGCCUCGGUCAAUGUUGCCUGGCUCUAGUGUCCAGACACUCGGGGCGGCGUGGUAAGAUUUGGCGUAGAGCACACGGGACCGUUGUUUCCCUUGGCACUUCACGGCUCCGCUUGUGGUUCCGGCUGCGUCCACACCGGGAGUGAAUGGCCACGGAUGCCCUCGGCCGAGAGCGCUCAUCACUCAUCAUUGCGGGCACGGGAACACAGGGGGCAGUGGGGGUACCUGGCCCCCCACCUCAAUCACCCUCAUGGCCCCCACCUCCUCCCUGGCUACUCGGCAUGGGCCCCACGUGGCUACUUGACACUCACCAGCUGGCUGCCUGGUGGGGAGUGACGUGGCGUAGUGGUACCUUGUCAACAACAACAAGCUGCUUAACAUCUUAAAAUGGAUGUCCGACGCCGCGUGGUGCAUGUGUGGUGCGUGCGUGUUAAACUGCAGACGGCCCCUUUUCUCUGCGCUGCCGGUUGAAGUUCCAUUGACGGCGACCUGACAGCCCAUGCCGGUCUUGUGCCACCGCAAUUCAUUUCACUUCUACUCGUGGCCCACUCGGUCUUGUAUAUAAAUAGUAAAAUAUAGCGAGAGAGAGAGAGACGCGGAGAGCUGAGGCUAAAAGUAAAAAAACUAUUUUUCAUCGCACAAGCAGCUUUUUAAAUGAAACGAUGAGGCCUGAAUGAGAUUGAGAAGGAGCCUGAUGGAUUCGAUCAGGUCGUAAUGAUUAUAAAUUGUACACACUGCCAGACAAUAUCUUAGUGGAUGCUUCACGUCCGCCAUGAAUCUCAGCUCUCCCUCCCCCCUCAGCCGCAACCGUCCCCUCCCCGCCCGCACUGCCAUCUCCACAUCGUGCUCUUUCUCCGUGGGAGUGAGAUGGUGACUCGUGGGGUGAUUGGGUUUAUGGGUAACGCAUCUCGUCUGGGAUUAAGCCCAUCGUGAAUUAAGUCUACCAUUCCUUGACUGGCCUCUGCCACGGUGACGUAGAAUUUUUCACGACCGGACCAAGAAGGUCAACAUUGUUGAGCUCCGCCCUCGUGUUAUUUGCCGUGCCUGCAGGGCCCCGAGAAUCCACGCUUGCGGUUUACCGCACAGCGGAGUCGAGGGUAAACACGACUGGCUUCAGCGAGCGACGCGGCUAAGCGGUGGGUCGAUGAGGAAGGCUUGAUUGGCGUGAGGGUUGAGGUCACGGUCGGGCUGUCACUUGACAGCUUAUACGAUGAGCUGUGCUUUAGUUUUGUUGGCCGUGACAGCGAAGGGCAGACCUUCACUAGUUAAGCCAGGCCCUGUGUAUAAUACAUCUGUCAUUUGGAACAUUAGACCGAGAAGGUUGCGUUGCGUUUUUUAAAUGUUCGACCAUUUUUUUAAAGCAGGAAUCUCGGACCAGUUCCAUUUGCGAAUGGUGCAGUAUUACAUUUGUUAUGUUCAUAUAUUAAAACGCAUAAAUUAGAAACGCAAACGAAGGAGUGCGCAACGCGAGGAGGCGUGCCCAUCAUGGGGCUCAGGAAUCUGCGCCACGAUCGGUGCCGAGUGGCGCCAUCACGCCGGGCCCAGCGCCAGUCGCAAAUUGGCGCUCUCUCUUUUAAUUAAACGUGCGCCCAUCUACAUCGGCGCAUUGAUCGUACGUAUGUAUGUUGAACUUCUUUCGCACCGUACAUAACCUAACCGCGAUAAUUGGAGAUGCAUUUAAUGGCCGAUGUAAAUGGUCAAUUACUGUCGGCAAAGAUCUUCUUCAACAGAAUGGCCCGACACGGGAGGUGGCGCUUUGCACAGCGUCGGACGGGAAGGAGUGGCGGGGCUGAGCUGCGUGCAGCCCCGCACAGCACUCGCCGCAUGGGCCUAAGCACGGGCCUAAGCACGGGCGUGACGGUGUCUUGGUGUUCGCAGCUCACAGCUGACCACCUCGCACACCGUACAAUCCGCUCGUCCAUCCCAGGCCGGUCCGCACGGCCUCGGUUGUCUGCGGACGGGACGAGAGUCGCUAUUAUCGCGCACGCUGUGUUCCGGUUCUGCCGCGAAGAUCUCCUACGGGUUUUCAGGUCGUGCCGCGUGUUGUUCGGCACGAUAUCCGACGUUUCGCUCCACGUGCUGGAAGCUCAUUUUAUUCAGUUCGGUUCACUUCCUAAAUAAGCUCCCAGCACAUGCAUCUAAACGUCGGACACAAUGCCGAACAAUACGGGGAACCACUCGAAAACCACAUCGGAGAGCUGCGAUGCUCAGUCUCCGGCUUGGGAACCAAAAGCGGCCUCGAUAGCGAGACCCCGCGUACAGCAGCAGCAGCGGCAGCAGCAGCAGCGGCAGCGGCAGCAGCAGUGCUGUGGCUCCGGCAUGGGGAAGGAAGCGAUGCGAGACAUUGUGGAAUCAACGGUAUUGUCCGUGAUGACCUCUUGACCUGACGUUAGCUCAAAGAGUGUAUCCCUCAGACAAAAUGUACCCAUCAGAUCAUGAGUUCAUGUUGGUGGACGCAACAUUCCUUAAGCGCACGGCUAUCACGAAGGCGGCGUGUGUCAGACGGACACAGGCUGCAGUCUAAUUCCCAAGUGCGAGUCUUGCUGUUGCAUUGUGGGGCUUGCUGCACGGUGAUGGCGUGGGAGAGUUGUAGCUGUUUACACCUAAUUCUCGCAUGUGGCUUUAGCCGUCGCUUGGCGCACGGUGAUCGGCAGUUGUGAACGCUGCCACGGGUCUUCGGCAUCCAGUUUAUCGUCAGACGACGCACGUGAUUCAGCUGAGAACCGCGCCGCAGUAAUUACGGGGAAUCGAGCGGUCGAGCCCAAGCGAAGCGGAUCAUUCUGCCAUUCAAACUUGACGGAGGCCCCGGGAGCGCAAUUCCCUGCGGGCCUCUACAGCCCGAGGGAAGGAAGCACAGGAGCCGGAGGUGACGAGGAGCAGGGACCAAGGCGGCUCCAGCGGCCACCAGGAACGCGGCAACGGUCGAAUUGAAGUGAACGGGGGGACACACAAGAGGGGCACCCCCCAAGACGGGGACGAGGCUGAGAGCAGACCUCGGGGUCACGCGUCGGCCGUGCCCACGAGGCUGUGUCUGGCAGAGAGGAGGAAGCGAUGGCGACGUGUGGUGGCGUAGGUGGCGUUGAUAUCAACGACGACCCCUUUAACUAGAACCUCGGCGACUCCCCAGCAAUGCCACGAAGUUACCUCUGAAUGGGGGUUCACUGGGGUCCACUGGGGGUCUGCUGUUAAUUAGGGUGCACGAGCCCCCCCUCCCCCCCGCCGCAGCUGCCGGGGGUAUACGAGGAAUGGACCAAAAGUAUUCAUCAGACUCUCUGAUUUUUCGGAAUAGCACCCAUCCACACAUACCGUCCACACACACGCCUCACAGCAUACCACCCAUCCACUCACACCUCUCGUGUUAUUAUAAUUAUCUGUUUACAGUAUCCACAACGCAACUGUUAUUUUCUGCCACAAAUUUAAAACACCAUUAUACCUUGGCAUGUCAUCAUCAUCACCACUGGCUGUGAUGUUCUCAUCCUGACACCUUCCGAUGUUAGUUUUUAUUUUCCCCGUGGCUUCGGCUCUCCGAUUUUACAUUUACAGGUAAAAAAAAAAACACAUUUUCACACCAACACAGCCACCUCCACGCGCCGACCUCGACGUGGCAGCGGCUCUGCGAUCUUCCAUUAACAUGCGCAUCUCUCACAUUAACAUGCUCAUCUUUCACAUUAACAUGCUAAUCUCUCACAUUAACAUGCUCAUCUCUCACAUUAACAUGCUAAUCUCUCACAUUAACAUGCUCAUCUUUCACAUUAACACGCGCAUCUCUCACAUUAACACGCGCAUCUCUCUCCCACUAACAUCUCUCACACUAACACGCUCAUCUCUCACAUUAACACGCUCAUCUCUCACAUGAACAUGCGCAUCUCUCCCAUUAACACGCUCAUCUCUCACACUAACACGCUCAUCUCUCACAUGAACAUGCGCAUCUCUCACACUAACACGCUCAUCUCUCUCACUAACACGCUCAUCUCUCUGACUAACACGCUCAUAUCUCCCAUUAACACGCUCAUCUCUCCCAUUAACACGCUCAUCUCUCACAUUAACACGCUCAUCUCUCCCACUAACAUCGCUAGCCCCGCCUAUGCCGUCGAUGGCCCUUGGGCUGCACCCAUGUUAACCCUUUAACAGUCUCAUGCCUUCAGCAGCAUCCCCCUCUUGAUCUAGUAUAUAAUUACAAUCACUCCCCCCUUGAAUCUUUGCACCUGAUGAGUUAAUGAUGACGUCAUCCUGCUGCUGCUCUAUAUAAGAACGGGAGACACAGGAGAGCCUCACCAUUCUGGCGAAUUGCCCGAUGAUGCUGGUUGUAUAUACCAGCGAAACGUCGUACUCAAAUUGUGAAUGUUGUUGCUUCAACACACCGGUGGGUUAAAGCAGUGAACUAUUUGUCUUUGUCAACGUGACACAUUUUUUACUGAUUGGCCGUGUCGGGUGGUGGAGGGUUACGACACAUUUAUAAAUAAACGCGAUCUAAACCCAAAAAUCGUUGAUUAUGAAUAACAUUGGUCGCGAAAGCCUACGUGUUAAACGAAAGCUUUAAGUCAAGAUUGAAUUUCAGUCACUUUCACCAAGCCGUGUGCAAGUGAACAGAUUUGAGUUGAGGGUAACAAACGUGUUGGGCAUUUGUCAAUUCCACCACCUCGUAGACCCCCUGACCAUAAUAGGAGUUCGCAAACAACAGUGGUGGCUAUUGAGGCUUUAGUUGCACGAUGUGAGUGGGCGUGAGUGUGCCUUCAGUCACGUCUCAAUCCUGGCUUCAUUCCGUUGCACGUGUGACACGAGUCGAGUUCGUGUUGUUAUUGCAGUCUUGUUAUGAUUGCUUUGAGCAUAUGUUGUGUCGAUAACGGUCAGCGAUGUUGUUUUGCGCGUAGUGGUUUAUCCGACCGCCUUGUACAUAGCGGCUUCUGUACAGCAACGCAGCACGCGUAACGCACUCGCGAGACAAAGCACCAACACGCAGUCAACACGCAGUCGUACAACACCGUCAUGUACUCUCUCGGAAAAUUGUGGGCAAUGUAGGGUAAAUAAAUAAUGCUUAACGUCUGCUUCAAUCACUUCAAAAAUAAUGUUCAUGUCAAUCACGAAUAAUAUUAGGUGGAGUGGCAGCCAAGAAAUGGGAUGUGUCCUCGAGGACGUCCACGGCAGAGAUGGAGCGACGAGAUCGGGCCACGUGCACGCGCUGGGGGCAUUGUUACACCACGGGGUCGAGGGAGGUGGUGGGGGGCUUCGGGAGGCCUUCAUCCAGCAGUGGAUUGCCCACGACUGAUGAUGUAAAUACCUACAGCUGGAGAGGCUUUCUGCUCAGCAACUCGUGUCCCACUAACGCACGAAGUGGUAACAGCAAAACAGUAAUGGUUGGCUUAAUGUGCUUUUAGGAGACACUGAAUCCCUGAAAUUUGUUGCAAAUGUUAAAAAAAUUAGAAUUCCGCAGCAGUCAUACGCGCCCGAGCAGUGUGCCACAAUGGAUAUGGUGCAUGACAGUGUUUUACAAGGCAAAGCCUGGAAGAAGUUUUGAUUUUCCGAGUGUUAUCGACAGGGUGUAGACUGCUUUUCAAACGCUGCUGGGCUGCCUCGUGCUGUAGGCAAGAUCUCUCCACGGGCACCAUGGAGCCAUUCAUUGCAGUCCAGCAACAAUGUUGAUCCAGAAGGACGAUAUGAUCAAUAUAGUAAUAUAUGAUCAAUAGCAUCAGUGGCGGUCACGAUCUCUCCACUGCUGGAUGAAGGUCUCCCCAAGCCGCAAACAUCUGUCAUGGUCUUGCGAAGCAACAAUUGAUGUUGCGCCUGCACAAGCCAAUUUGUUCGCUCCAUCUCCACAUAAAACGUACUCAGGGGGGAGGGGGAGUGUUUUAAUUGCACUGAAGGUUUAUGGAUUCAUAUUGUACUUUGGCAGUAGAACAGACUUUGAGUUUGUGUUUUAUUUUAUCACAUUGUGUUAGUUUUGUUCGUUCGCAGCCAGCUUUUGUUUAGGGUUAAGAAGUAGACGGAAAGUGAUGGUUGCAUCGUUAGGUCCGAAGCUUUUCGUGACUUUUGUAUUCGUGGCUGUGAACGAGUUUAAAGGAAAGGAGGCGGAGUUGCGAUGCGACACUGUAGAGAAGUGUUUGUUCUUUGGCCACAUGGAUUCCAUUUUGAACCAAUCUCCCGGAUUUCUUCUUCACUUUUAACCCAAACCCCCAUGUCGCCCCCUGACCCCAGCCCAACGCCUCGCCCAUAGUCCCAGCUCCAACCCAACCCACGCCUUGGCUCUCGUCUCACCCUGUCCAUAACCCGAGCCCAGCACCUCACCGUAGCCCAAUCCAUAAUGGCCACCUUCAUCCUAAACCAAUCCCUAGCCCUCGCCUUGACAACAACCUUUCUCAUGAAUCCUAUAAUCUCAUUAACUCAAUCGCCUCAUUAACCCUAUAGGCUUAUGCCCCUUACCCUACCCUCUGUGCUCCUACCACAAUCCCUAAUGCAUACUCCUUGACCUAACCCUUAGCCUGAACACUUCAUUUUACCCUAAACCCCCUCGUGAUGAAGGGUAUUGGACUAUGAAGCGAGGACCACUUCGUGAAAGGCCAACAGUGGUCAUCCUAUGUAAAGACAUGUCCUGUCAUGGGAAUGUGGAAUCUCCACCAUUGGCUCAUUAGAACGUCGUAUGUUUGACUCACACAGACAUGUUUGCGGAUAUGCAAACAUGUCUGGUGUGUGAACACCUCCAGCAAGGUGGUGGGCAGGCCGUGCACAAGUCGUACUACUGCACUGGGCACGGCGGAAUCGCGACGUCGCCCUGCUCGCCAGCGUGCUGCCAUGGGCUGGCACGGGUCGCAGUAGCAGCAGCAGCAGCGCCGCGCCUCACUUGCCAAAGAGACUUUGCUCGCCGCCCUGCAACUCGAUUGUCCACCAAGCUUCCUGCUGUCAUCAUUCUCCACUGUAGUGCCAAACUGUGUUACCUAUUUAUUUGUGACAUUAAAACCAAACGUACAUUUGUUUA